CCGAACCCAAACCCCCGUACCGAAACGGUUCAAUACAAAUACACGUACCGUUACACCCUUAAUACACACACAUCUGAAGAUUAUAAAAAAAUAAACAUAUUUGGUGGGCUAAACAAAAUGACUCGGCGAAACAAUGUUUGGUAUGAGUGAUAUGACCUCAAAUCUAUAUCCUAAUAACAAUAUAUGUCACGAUACAUCAUUUGGUAUAUGAUUGAUAAUAGAAGAAUUUCAAAACUGUUUACAAAGGCUCUUAAUUUGGCAGCUGACAUAUGCAGUAACAUAUUGUGUCUUUUCUAAUUGUAUUAUUUUGUCGAAACAAUUAUUAUUAAUGUACUUGUUUAUUUACUGUUAAUAUCUGGUUACUUUAUUUGAGAACAUAGUACUGGGAAUGAUGUAAUAAUAGGGACGGCGUGGCGCAGUGGGAGAGUGGCCGUGCGCAACUCGAGGGUCCCUGGUUCAAUCCCCACCUAGUACUAACCUCGUCACGUCCAUUGUGUCCUGAGCAAGACACUUCACCCUUGCUCCUGAUGGGUGCUGGUUAGCACCUUGCAUGGCAGCUCCCUCCAUCAGUGUGUGAAUGGGUAAAUGUGGAAGUAGUGUCAAAGAGUACCUUGAAAGUAGAAAAGCGCGAUACAAGUACAACCCAUUUAUAGAGGUUGUCGUCUGAAAACACACAUGUCGUCUGAAAACACACAUGAGCAGACACACUGGAGAAAAACCUUUUAUCCGUUCAAUAUGUGGUAAUGGUUUUACACAAAAUUGGAGUUUGAAAGUGCACAUGAGAAUACACAGUGGUAAAAAACAUUUUGUCUGUUCAACCUGUGUCAAAGGUUUUGUAGAAAGUCACAAUUUGAAAAUACAGAUGAGAACACACACUGGUAAAAAACCUUUUUCCUGUUCAACCUGUGGUAAAGGUUUUACAGAAAGUCAAAAUUUGAAAAGACACAUGAGAACGGACACUGGUGAAAAACCUUUUACCUGCUCAACCUGUGGUAAAGGUUUUACAGAAAGUCAAAAUUUGAAAAGACACAUGAGAACACACACUGGUGAAAAACCUUUUUCUUGCUCAGAAUGUGGUAAAGAUUUUGUACAAAGUCCCCUUUUAAAAGCACACAUGAGAACACACACUGGUGAAAAACCUUUUGUCUGUUCAAUCUGUGGUAAAGGUUUUACAGAAAGUCGAUGGUUAAAAGUGCACAUGAGAACACACACUGGUGAAAAACCGUUUUCCUGUUCAGUCUGUGGUAAAGGUUUUACACAAAGUCAUCAUUUAAAACUGCACGACAGAACACACACUGGUGAAAAACCUUUUUCCUGUUCAAUCUGUGAUAAAGGUUUUACAGAAAACUGGUGUUUGAAAGUACACAAGAGAACACACACUGGUGAAAAACCGUUUUCCUGUUCAGUCUGUGGUAAAGGUUUUACACAAAGUCAUCAUUUAAAACUGCACGACAGAACACACACUGGUGAAAAACCUUUUUCCUGUUCAAUCUGUGAUAAAGGUUUUACAGAAAACUGGUGUUUGAAAGUACACAAGAGAACACACACUGGUGAAAAUUCACAUUCCUGUUCAAUCUGUAACAGAAGCUUUUGUGAGCGAUCGACCCUUGUAGUACACAUGAGAAGACACCCAGGAGAGAAAGUGUUGAGUUGCAGUGUGUGUGGUGAAAGAUUGUCUUCUAAGUAGCAGUGUAAGAAACACAAGUGUGCUGGUGAGAACAGCAGCAGCAAAUGAAACUGCAGGAUUUGAAAUAAACUGUCCAGACUUUCAUUUUGACUUUCUAACAACAUCAGCACAUAUAACAUGUGUGACAUUGUUGUUUUUCCAACAAUCUUUUUAAAAUGCUUCCACAUUUAUAGAUUAGAUAUUUUAUAUUAAUCCUUUUUUCAGUCAAGCACAUGCAUUAAUAUGCAACAUUGUGUACUUUUAUUAAAAAAUGGACAGAACAAUUUGAGUAAAAAGCUGAGUAAACAGUACAACACACAUUUUACAUGCAAUAAACAUUUUGUGCGUAUGUAUACAC